CAAUUUCGGAGCGCACGAAUUCGGUUUAGAAAGUGCAACGACCUUGAUGAUUCCUACCUAGGAAGUUGCGGCCACUUAUCAUUAAACUUACCAACAAAACAUGGAUUGCAAAAGUUUAACCUAUAAACUAUUGAGUGAAAAUGCUAUACCGUUAAUUGGAUUUGGCACGUUCCAAAUCAAGGGAAAACAAUUGAUUAGGGAUGUUUUGGAUCUGGCACUUCAGGCAGGUUACAGAUCAAUAGAUACCGCCUACGUUUAUCACAACGAAGAGGACAUCGGCGAGGCGUUGAAAGAACUUCUGCCCAAGCAUAAUUUAAAAAGGGAAGAUAUUUUCAUUACAAGCAAAUUACCACCCAGUCACCAUGGUGACCUGAGUUUUCUGGCAUUGCAGCAAUCCCUUAAAAAAUUGGAUUGUGGAUACUUGGAUCUGUAUUUGAUACAUUGGCCUGGACAGCAAGCCCAGGCUCCAAAUCACCCCAGCAACAUCUCUGUGCGACAGAGCACUUGGAGGAACUUGAUUCAAGCCCGCAACAAGGGUUUGGUUAGAGACAUAGGUGUUUCCAAUUUCACCAUCAGACACUUGGAGGAUCUGCUGGCAUUUUCUCCAAAUGAUAAACCCUCUGUCAAUCAGGUUGAAUGGCAUCCACAUUAUCACCAAAGUGCUUUGCACGAGUUUUGCAUAAAGGAGGGUAUUCUCCUUCAGGCAUACUCUUCACUUGGUGGAAGUCACAAUAACGACUUAAUAUCGGACUCUGCUGUGACUAGUAUUGCCAAAAGACUCAACAAACAACCGGCCCAGGUAUUACUGCGCUGGGCGCUUCAACAGAACAUCGGUAUAAUCCCAAAAGCGAGGUCAAGAGAUCACAUAUUCGCAAAUAUCGAUUUGAACUUCGACAUUUCAUCAGACGACAUGAAUUCUUUGAAUCAACGGAAGCAAAUCAAAUACGCUUGGAAUCCGGACAUCGUCUUAUGAACAAAACAACGCAUAUAUGUAUAUGUAUGUUCUAUAAAAAGGAAAUUAUUUGUUUACUUAAAAAAAAAAGUAACGUUAUUUAUAUA